AAUAAAAUAAAUUUCAAUAGAUGACAAGUAAAUCAAUUAACUCAAGAUUACAGACUUUACAAUAGUACGACCCCACAGAACAGAUCCUAUCCCGGUAAGGUCGUAAACAAAACACGAUCCCAAACAACAAAUCGGAAUUUAAUUUUAUCAGCUCUUUUUCCCUACUAGACAAAAUUGUAUUAACCCGAUACUAGCACUAGCAGCGCUCAUUUCCGUGUUCCCAUCGACCACCACGUUGUCAUUGGCGUUUUCUCUAUUUCUUUUUCAUCUCGUCCUCUUAUCCCUCUCACUACUCCACCUUAACUAUCUUCCCUAACUUCCUUCUUCUUCAUCAAUGGCGCCAAUCCAACAACUCAAAUCCCAAAUUUCACUUUAAUUCAUCACAUCAAUCUCAUUCUUCCUUAAUCCCAAUUUUCAAUCUCAAUUUCCCCCCAAAACCAACCAUGUUUUCUGCAAAUCUAAGCACUUCUCCUUCCUUAAUCACUCCGAAAACUUCAACUUCAAAUUUAAAACCCUACUUUCUCUCUCCUCGUUCUGUCACAAUUCAAUCACGUGCCCCCGAUUUCUCUGCAGCUUCUUCUUCAUCUUCUUCUCCUGAUUGGUUUCAAUUUCCCGAUAUUUCUGGACCUCGGAUUCCCCGAGAAAACGACGCCGUUUCAGAGGGUAGCAGCAGCAGCAGCAGCCGAGAUAGCAAUGAUUCUAUGUUGAAUGGGAAGAGAGAGAAGAAAUGGUCGAGAAAUAGAGAGAGUUAUCUAAGGGAUGAUUCUGAGCCUCUUCCUCUUCCUAUGACUUUUUCCGAUAUUACCCCUACUUCUCUUGAGGAAAUUGAUCGUCGUCUUCGUUGUGAUCCUCAACUUGAGGAUAUGUUCAAAAGAUAUCAGCCCGGAAGGAGUUUGAAUCGAUGGAGGAUUAAAAACCACCUUGAUCUCAGUAGAAACUUGUUAGUUCUUCUAGCUUCAAUGUUUAUGUACAUUCAAGAUUAUUCUGAUGAGAAAUGUUCCUAUACCCUUAUUUAUCAGAACAGAUUUACAGAAAAAAAGAACUUUUAUGAAUUUUGUUAUGGAAUAUUUAAUGAAAAUUUUCUAGUAUCUGAUCUUACUAUUCUGGAAAUAUUAAUUAUAUUUGUUCACAAUCUUUAAAUUGGAAUGCAACCUGGGAUAAAACACAUAUAUGACCUCGUGCAACUCACGUCUACAGAUCAUGUACUCUUCAUUUUGAAUAGAAGUAUAUUUUAUUGCCAUUCCUGUUAAUUGUUCUUUGUAAGCAAACAGCAUGUAAGUGGCGAUUUCGUCGAAUUUGCCCCUGAAGAGAUGGUCACAAAUGCUUGUUAUUGUCAUUUCCACAGUUCUACCUCUUGCUGUUUACUCAGUCUUCAGUUUGUAUUGCUGGAUUGUUCUUUGAUGUGUUCAUACUUCAACCCUGUCUGACAAAAGUGACAAUGAAUACUAAAGCUGAAACAAAAGCAAUGUAUAGCUGUUUUCAAAGGCUGAUUGAUGGUUGAGAUAUUUUGUGUUUAUUUUAAUCCACAAUAACAUCAUUCACCUACCUCUUUAACAUGUCCUUUCUUUCUCUUCCUCCUUUUGGGAGAAUGUAACUGGUAAUUCAAGCCUUCAAGGAAGCAGUAUUUGGCUGUCUCAUCUCCAGACCAGGGUGUGGUUUGAGGAAGUCUAUAGCGAUUUCGCUAUGUAUACUUGUUACACUUCAUUUAUCAAGAAGAUUGACACUUUGACAUGUAUACAAAUAUCCAUGGCCAAUCCCAUUGUAGUUGUUGCUGCUGCAGUUGCUGUCAUUGUCUCCAUGGUGUUACUUAUAUUGCUGCUGCUUCUGCCACAGCCAUUUGCCUUCUCUGUAAUGUUUCAUCUGAUAGUAAUAUGACUUAUAGGAGUAGUAGCAGGUUUUGAAAGGUAGUACCUUCGGAUAACUACCUUAAGAAUGUCAAGCAUAGUUUCCUAGGCCUUAAUCUGAUGUGUGCAUGUUUCUGUCAAACCUGAAGUUAAUCAGAUGCCUUCUGGCUUCAUGGAAUGCUUUGUUGUCUAGUUUGGUACUCCAAACUCUGUCUUAACAAGUCACGGGGUAUAAGGUUUUCUGGUUUUGGAGAUUGACAAGGUAUCUUGUUGUAAUGGUAGUGUUAGGAACCGUAAGGGGUACAUCUAGGAAAUGAAAUGUAUGAAAAAUUGAAAAGAUGAUGAUUAUUUGCAGUUUUCUUUUUGUGGAAAGUGCUAUGAAUUUUGUACUAUUUUUUCCAUAAUUUUUAUUUUUUUGGGUUACAAAAUGAUACAAUUAUUACCAUUGUCAGUCUAUCACCAUUAAGCAUCGAUACAUAAUACAUAUGAAG